AUGUCACGGCAGCUCAACAUGGAUACGCUGCGGCAGAACUUUUGGAAGGAGGAAUAUCUGCGGGAGAAGAUGUUGCGCUGUGAAUGGCACCGCAAGUAUGGGACAAUGGUGAAGGCCAAGCAGAAGGCUAAGGCUGCAGCGCGCCUACCCCUCAAACUGCCCACCCUGCACCCCAAAGCCCCACUUCCACCUCCACCGGCCCCCAAAGCGGUGCCAACCAAGGCCCCCAGCCCUGCGCUGGAGACCCCUACUAUUCAGUCAGAAAUGUACCCGGUCCCGCCCGCCACCCAGGCUCUGCUGUAUGAAGGCAUCUCCCACGACUUCCAGGGGCGCUAUCGCUACCUCAACACCCGAAAACUGGACAUGCCAGAGAUGCGCUACUUCUUCCCCAUCACCACCAGCUUCACGUAUGGCUGGCAGCUGGGCCCCCCACUGAAGCAAGAACUGGUCUCCUGUAAGAUGUGCCGCAUUGAAUCGUUCUUCCGAAAGAAUGGGGCCUUCUCGCUGCUUGACCCUCAGGACCUGGCUCUCUGA